CUGAUUCCAUCCAGAACACCGGGACGCACACAUACGUGACUGCCAAGAUGCUUUAUAUGGGUAUUUUUGUAGGACUGGUGUUAGAGUCCUGGUCUUUACCUGUGCAGAACUCCUCACUGGUUCAUCAGACAAAGUUAAGGUCGAAGAGAGACUAUUCAGAGCAGUAUGUGAAACCAGAGGACAUGAAUGCCAUGGACAGGAUCCUUAGAGUUAAUCAACUGUCCCGAGGCUUUCCAUUGAGAGAGGGUGAUAUUCUGAGCUCAGGAUCCCGCAGUGCCAUUGCAUGUUUAGGGGAUUCUUGCCGCUGGCCCAGAUCUGUUGAUGGGUUUGUGUACGUACCGUACAUCAUCUCCCCACUAUAUGAUGAUAUGGACAGAAUCGCCAUAGAAACAGGAAUGUUGGACAUUUCCUCCGGAACAUGUGUGAAGUUUGUGCCUCGCACACAUGAAGCAAACUUCCUUAAUAUCCAGUCUAGAACCGGCUGUUGGUCAUAUCUAGGAAUGAUAGGAGGCAGUCAGAUCGUGUCUUUGCAGUCUCCAGGCUGUAUGUGGUCAGGAGUGGCAGCUCAUGAGCUAAUGCACGCUCUGGGAUUUGUACACGAACAGUCCCGCUCUGAUCGUGACCACCACGUCUCCAUCCUGUGGGAAAACAUCAUAGACAGUCAAAGGCACAACUUUAAGAAGUAUGAGACAAACAACCUCAAUACUGGAUAUGACUAUAGUUCUGUCAUGCACUAUGGGAGGUAUGCAUUCUCAGAGGAUGGGGGACCCACCAUCAUUCCUAAACCAGACCCGUACAUUCCCAUUGGUCAGCGAGAUGGACCAAGUGCUACAGACAUUCACAAAAUAAAUAUAUUGUAUAACUGUGGUGGCCUUGUGUGAAACAACAAACUUAUGAAAUGGACCCAACAUAAAACUGGACAACAGACACCUGACAUUUAUCUUUCCUUCUCAUUCUAUGAUGCUUAAGAUGUCAUAUGUUGUAUCCAUGAAGUAAAAAAUUUAAUUUUUAAAUGUACUGAAUACAUAUGUGUGUACACAUUAAUCAUCAUUAUUUAAAAACAAUUUUUGAAGUAUAUUUUUAUGGUAAAAUAGCUCAUUCAGAAAUUUUAUUAGGUUUUUGUGGAAUCAAAAACCAACCAAAUAACAUUUUGAAGCUGAUCUAAUUUUGCCAUAUACAUUGAAAAUAUUUCAUGUAGGGUUGACUUUGAAACAAUGUUUACUCGUUAGUAAAUUAUAACAAAUAAUUACCAAGAAAUGGCAAGUAAUACACUGAACUGAAUGUGAAGGUUUCAAGUGGAAAGACUGAAAUUGUAUUUUCUUGUAAAACAUACUCCAGUAAACAUAUGGCAGGAAGCCUCUCAUAUAACUCUGAAUUUCAGUUCAGAAAUAAAAAAAACUUGUUUAUCAUAACAGAAGUAUGUUCAGGUCAU